UCUGACCUCAGUCCACCUCACAGGAGUACCGGCUUUAACUCUCACCGACACUCUCCGCCAAAUCAUCCGUGUCAAAGUUGAGAUCUGUGGUUCUUUGAAACUGCUCGGACCUUUGGCAGCAGCAUGUCUAUCCCGCAGCUCGGGUAUAAGUUCAUCAGACCGCUAUACUCCACGGAGCGGCCCGGGGCGGUCGGCGGACGCGUCGGCGCGGAGUUGAGCGCGUCGGGAUCGCUCUCCAGUGUCCUCUCCAGCAUGUACGGAGCUCCGUUCGCCAACACACACGGAUACAGCGCUUUCCUGCCUUAUUCCAGCGACCUGUCAAUACUAAAUCAGCUGGGCUCACAGUACGAGUUUAAAGACAGUCCUGGAGUUCAGCACGCAGGGUUUCCUCAUGCAGCCUUCUAUCCAUACGGACAUCAGUACCACUUUGAAGAUCCAUCUCGACCCAAGAACGCCACUCGUGAGAGCACCAGCACCCUGAAGGCCUGGCUCAGUGAACACCGGAAAAACCCUUACCCCACUAAAGGAGAGAAAAUCAUGCUCGCCAUCAUCACUAAAAUGACUCUCACUCAGGUGUCCACCUGGUUCGCCAACGCGCGGCGAAGACUGAAGAAAGAGAAUAAAAUGACCUGGGUUCCCAAAACACGGACCGAUGAGGAAGGAAAUCUUUAUAUGAGCGACAACGAUGAAGGAGACAAGAGGGACGAGGACGAGGAAAUAGACUUAGAGAACAUUGAUACGGAAAACAUUGAAGACAAGCAGGACUGUGAUUAUGUGGAUGAUGAGAAAUCGGUUUCUAAAGUGUCUGACAGGACAGACUCUGAUGGAUCUGAGGAAUAUGAUGAUGCUGGAGCCGAGAAGAGUUUUAUGAAGGAGAUUAUAAAAGACAGAAGAGACUCAGACGAGGAAGAGGGGGAGCAAAUCAAAAAGAAUCCAGCGGCACAAGAGCCCUUGAAUAAUGCAAGUCUACCUCAGAAGCCAAAGAUCUGGUCUUUGGCUGAAACCGCAACGACGCCGGACAGUCCCAGAAAGUCUCCAUGGGUUCAGAGGAACUGUGAUGCUCAGACAGUCAGAAAUCCUCUUCAUGUUCAAAACUGGACCAAAAUGGCUUUUUCAGCCCAUCAGAUGGCAUUAACCAGCCAUUACCUCGGACUUAAACACCAAACCAACUCGCAGAACCACAUGCACAUGAAGCACGGAGACCAGAGGACUCACAGCUUGUGAAAUCAAAUGGACAGUUAAAGACAUUUGUUAUGUUUUUGAUAUUAUUAGCCUUCAUUAUGUGAGAACUUAAUAUGGUUAUUAUGAUUCAAAAAAUAGCCCAUUUCUACAUAAUGGAUGCCCUGAAUUUAUAAUAGAUAAAAGUUGUCUAUUAGCUCUUGUAUUAAUAUGAGAUUGAUUAUAUUAGAAAAUAUUUUAUACUGCUGACUUGUUAACAUAAAUUUAAUUGUGUUAGAAUUAUUGUGAAACAUACUUUUCAGUUGUGUUUUUAUGUCUACGCUACACGAAAUAGUCUAUAAAUAACAGAAACGAAUCAGAAUUAUACUUUGGUUGGAUUCAGAUCUAUUUAAAAAGCAUCUAAAUGAAUAAUAAGUACAAUUUCAGAGAUAGCUGUAUUCAGAGAUGUAUUCAUUCACAGCAGUAUAUAGUGCCUAAAGGGGUUUAAUGGUGUUAUGUCUUAAACACGCACGCACGCACGCACGCACACACACACACACACACACACACACACACACACACACACACACAACUUUGAUUUGAGCUAGUGUUA